AAGAAGAAGAGAGUCUUCUUCGUUGAUUCUUGCCUAUGAUUCUUGCACGCAUUUGUCUUGGACGCUGUCAAGACACACUUCGUCCGAGUCUUCUCAUCUUGUCUGCGGUUUACAGUAAGGUCCGACACCAUGUCCAUUGCCAAGAUCCACGCCCGAGAGAUCUUUGAUUCUCGUGGAAACCCCACUGUAGAGGUUGACCUUUACACUGAUAAAGGCUUGUUCAGGGCAGCCGUACCAAGCGGUGCAUCCACUGGAAUCUACGAAGCCUUGGAGCUCAGGGACAAUGACAAGUCUCGCUACCUGGGGAAAGGAGUCUCACAGGCUGUCGAAAACAUAAAUUCAACCAUUGCACCUGCACUUGUUGGCAAAGAUGUAUCUGUGGUUGAGCAAGACAGAAUUGACCGUAUGAUGAUAGAGUUGGAUGGCACAGAGAACAAAUCCAAAUUUGGAGCAAAUGCCAUCCUGGGUGUUUCCCUGGCUGUCUGCAAAGCUGGUGCAGCAGAGAAAGGUGUCCCCCUGUAUCGUCAUAUUGCUGACCUUGCAGGAAACCCAGAGGUCAUCCUGCCUGUGCCGGCCUUCAAUGUGAUCAAUGGUGGCUCCCAUGCAGGCAACAAGCUUGCCAUGCAGGAGUUCAUGAUCCUGCCCAUCGGCGCAAGCACCUUCAAAGAAGCCAUGCGCAUCGGAGCCGAGGUCUACCACAAUCUCAAAAGCGUCAUCAAAAAGAAAUAUGGUCAGGAUGCCACCAACGUGGGUGAUGAAGGUGGUUUUGCUCCAAACAUCCUGGAGAACCAGGAGGCUCUGGAGUUGAUAAAGGAGGCCAUCUCCAAAGCAGGAUACACAGAUGAGGUUGUGAUCGGCAUGGAUGUGGCAGCGUCUGAAUUUUACAGGGAGGGAAAAUAUGACCUGGACUUCAAGUCUCCUGAUGACCCGAGCCGUUACAUCACCCCUGACGAGCUGGCUGACCUUUACAAGAGCUUUGUGAAGGAUUAUCCAGUGGUUUCCAUCGAGGAUCCCUUUGACCAGGACGACUGGGCGGCCUGGACCAACUUCACUGGCAGCGUAGACCUCCAGGUGGUUGGAGACGAUCUGACGGUGACUAACCCUAAUCGCAUCACCAAGGCUGUGGAUGAGAAGGCCUGCAACUGCCUGCUGCUUAAAGUCAAUCAGAUUGGCACAGUGACUGAGUCCAUGCAGGCGUGUAAGAUGGCCCAGGAAAACGGCUGGGGUGUGAUGGUCAGCCAUCGCUCUGGUGAAACUGAGGACACCUUCAUAGCGGACUUGGUGGUCGGCUUGUGCACUGGGCAGAUCAAGACUGGGGCACCCUGUCGCUCUGAGCGUUUGGCUAAAUACAACCAGAUACUUCGCAUCGAAGAGGAGCUGGGAGACAAGGCUGUUUUUGCUGGUAAAAACUUCAGGAAGCCAUUGGCAUAGUAAAUGGACGAAGCACUUACUUCACAGGCAAAUUAAUUUCUACACACAAA